AUGGAAUAUCAAAGAAUUUUUGGAAAUGCUUCCGCAUUAGCAAAGCACAAGUUAACCCACAGCGACGAAAGAAAAUACGUUUGUACAAUGUGCGGGAAAGCUUUUAAACGUCAGGAUCACCUAAACGGACACAUGCUCACACAUCGUAAUAAAAAACCGUAUGAAUGCAAAGCGGAAGGUUGUGGAAAAUCAUAUUGCGAUGCGAGAUCGCUGAGAAGGCACACGGAAAAUCAUCAUACAGGUACAAACGGUGGAAACGGUGCGGGAAAUCGGGAAGUCGCAUCUCCUUUGGCAUCGAGUUGCAUACAAUAUGCUCCACCGACAGCAUAUCAACCCACGCAAUAUCCUCCGUCGUCGUCACCGUCUAGUUCCACGUCGAAUACUCCGACAAAAGCUCCGAGUCAUUUACAACAGCUUCUUGCAAGCGAUUCAAACGCGUCAAACGCGUCAUCAUCGUCGUCUUCCACAAAGGUAACAAAAAAAAAAAAUUUAUCUUCAUUCUAG